AUGUUCAACCAAGACAACUACCACUGGACGCAGGACGACCAUACGAAGCAGGCUCUUGAUAAGAUCUCAGAGAUUCUCGGGAGAAAGAGCAUCACGUUCACUCCGGAUACUUCGUACAUUUACAUCACUCAGAGAAUGGGCAGAAAAUCAACACGCUUUGAGAUUUCAGGCUCUCUCCUCGCAGGCGCAGAGUCUCUCCACGUGACAAACUUCAACAACAUUUCGACCCCCGAAGAAAUUGCAGAUUCUCCCUUGAAAAAGCCCUUUUUAGACGCCCUCGAAGAGACGACCGAAUUCCUCCUGGCCCUGGAGAAGGCCCCGCGAGACGUGAAAAUCACCGAGAAAGUCCACAUCCCAAGGGCAAAGUCUGAGGCCAAGUUCGAGCCCCUGAAGUUUAAAAUUCUCUUUUUAAACGCACUCAGCCACGUGAGAGAGACUGUUUUCAGCCUGGAGAUGCUGGGGGCAGUUAAUUCGGAGGUUUCCCUGGGGGAGAAGUCUUUCUCGCACCCGGCCCUUUCGAUGCGGAUCAUUCGGGAGGAGGGACUGCGCCGAGAGUGUGAAUUUUCAAUGGACGGAAGAAAGUUUGAAAGCGUACUUUUGCUGGGAGAAAAAGAUACGGGUUCAUUCCUGAGCGUGACCUCCGAGAAAGUCCCGUGCAACUUCUCGGAGAGAUUCAUCGCGUACGUGGAGCAGGUGCUUAUAAAGCCCUUCGAGAGGACUCUGGGCAUCAGAUACACCGUGCAAAGGGAGUAA